AUGGCUCACACACUCCUUUUCCAACUUUUUCUUUUUGUAAAUACUACAUUUGCUUUCGUUCACCCUGGCCUCCUAGUAUCUGAGACCGACAUCACUCGCAUCAAAUCCAAACUCGCUCAAAAACUCGAUCCAUGGCAAAGCUCAUGGGAUAAACUCACCAGCAUUUCCUACGGUCAAUCAAACUACACAAACAAUGCUGUCGCGCGCGUUUAUCGCGAUGCUACUGCUGAUAUAACCGCCAACGCCGAGCUUCUCUGGCACGAUGCUGCCGCAGCCUUCGCACUUGGGUUGCGAUGGAAAAUAGAGGGGGAUGCUCAGUAUGCUGAAGCUGCAGCGGCCAUUCUCACUGCGUGGGGAGAAAAGCUAGAGAAUUUCGAUGAUGAGGGUGUGGAUGAUCAGUAUCUUACAACUGGUUUGCAAGGUCAUGAAUUGGCAAAUGCUGCAGAACUCAUCCGAGACUAUGCUCCUUUUGCGGACAGCGGUUUGGCUACUUUCACUUCCAUGUUUGAGAGGACUUUCUUGGCGAAGAAUCUAUAUUUCCUCAACCAUAGCGCUGGAUCCGAACAUAAUGUCAAGCAUUUCUUUGCCAACUGGGAACUUUGCAAUAUGGCCUCUGUGAUGGCAUUUGGUGUUUUGACAGACAAUUCCACACUAUUCGACUACGCAGUCGAUUAUUUCAAGACUGGAUCUGGAAAUGGUGGAAUCAACAAUUGUAUUUCGAAUCUCGUUACGGAGCCAGAGACGGGAAAAAUCAUGGGACAACCCCAAGAAGCUGGACGUGAUCAAGGACAUACCGGGCUUGAUUUUCAGUUGCUUGGAGUUCUUGCACAGCAGGCCUGGAAUCAGGGCGAGGAUCUGUAUGGUUUCAACAAUAGCAAGAUUUUACUAGGUGCGGAAUACUACGCGCGUUACAACCUCAACAACGAUGUUCCCUUUGAACCCUACACCAACGGCAUAGUAUCCUACACCGAAGUCAGCGACGAUUCGCGCGGCUCCUACCGCCCCACAUGGGAAUUACUCUACGCACAUUACGGACAAAUCAAAGGCGUCGACGCGCCCUGGACAAAAGAAUACAUGAACUACACCGUCACCACGAUGGGUGGUUUUGAGGGCGGAGCAGGUUCCUGGGGCGAGGGAUCAGGUCAUUACGAUAGUCUUGGAUGGGGUUCUUUACUCUAUCAUUUAGAUCCUGAGGAUAUCGCUACGGCGGGUAAUAAUGCUCUCGCGGCUUCAAAUUCUACGAGCACCACUAUUGCGACUGCUUCCAUAUCGACUAGCGCCCCAAGCUCGACAGCUUCUGUGGCAUAUUCGAGCUCUGUUACUUCGAAAGAAGCAAUUGCAACGACAGUUUCAGUAGCUAGUUCUGCUAGUACUCUACAAACUGUUGUUAUUCCCACAACAUCCGUUCUUGAAUCCGCUUCUCCAAGUCUCACAAGCGUAACCGUAGUUUCUACUCCAACUGCAACUGAAGGAGAAGAAGAGGAUGAUGAUGAAUGUUUUGAAAUGGAGUAG